CUCAGGGAACAAGGGAGUGGCAUCCGAGGAGUGGAAUUUCACUUCCUGAAUCACACAGGUGACGCACCUGUGUAAUGUCGUCGGUCGCGGUGGCUUUUAUUUCGACACCAAACAGUUUCAGAGUCGUUAAGGGUCGGAUCGGCGCUUCCGCGGAAUUUAGGUGAGUCGUUUUUGGACGCGUGGCAGAGCUCGAAGGGGAAACGUUGGAGAGGAGAAGCAACGCGCGGCCCGACCGACGCACAUCAAAGGAAGGAAGAAGAAAAAAAAAUAAUUAAGAAUAAAAUCUCCUUUUUUCGGUUCGACAAGAAGUUCGUAUUUUUAUUCGCCACCGUCGAGAACCGCUGACCUCUGGAUUUGUACCCGCGUGGGAGUCUUUACCCCGGGCCCUCGCGAUGCGCUCCCUCCGCGGGGGACAACGCGGAGCGCGUGCGCUCCGGCCGCUGCUCGCGCCGCCGCCGCUGCUGCUGCUGCUGCUCCUGCUGCUGGAAUCGACCCGCGCGCAGGACGCCGGGCAGACGUGUCUCGCGCGCUUCAAGAAUGGCCGGGACGACUUCGUCCUCGACGCCGACGAGUCCGUGAAUGACGGGGCCACGUUCAUCUCGUCGCCGCCGUUGACCCGCCAGCGGGACUGCGUGGCGGCCUGCUGCAAGGACCCCGAGUGCAAUGUGGCCUUCAUGGAGCGCGGCGACGAGGAGGGCGCCGUCAAGUCCUGCUUCCUCUUCGACUGCGUCUACAACAAGAAGUACGCCUGCCGCUUCUUCCGCAAGACGGGAUACAUCAGUUCCAUCCUCGACUCCGUUUACGAGAGUUACCUGGCAGUGGACGCGAGAAGAGCCGCUGACCGGCCCCCGAUGGCCAACGGAGGCCCGGAUCGCGUGGUCCAACCUCAGGACACUGUGAGGUUGAACGGCAUGGCGAGCGCCGAUGACAACAAGGAGUUAACUUUCCAGUGGAAAAUGCUCACUAGUUACCCUUUUGCCGUCAUUGAGAAAACCGGCUUUGACGACGAGAUCGCCGUCUCCAAUCUGACGUCUGGGGUGUACAAGUUCCAGCUAACGGUCACGGACUCCAUCGGCCAGUCGGACACCACCAAAGUCACCGUGCUGGUCCUGACCCCCGAGCAGUCCGAACACCACUGCAUGGUUCCGCCAAAGGUCGGGCCGUGUCGUGGCUCCUUCCCUCGCUGGCAUUACAACGCCGCCUCGGAGAAGUGUGAGGAGUUCACGUUCGGGGGCUGCCGACCGAAUCUCAACAACUAUCUCUCUAAGGAGGAGUGCUCCAAAGCCUGCAGCAGCUCAGAAAAAUCUGGUAAAGGUGGAAGACUUUUGCCCAUUCCUGAGACUCCAGAAAAAUGCGGCGUCGAGUGUGCAGACGGGGAGUUCACCUGCGCAAACGGCUGCUGCCUGGCUCCGGGCCUGGAGUGCGACUUGAUUUCGCAGUGUAGCGACGGCUCGGAUGAGCAGACGUGCAAUGACUUGGAGAACAAUUUUCGGAUUCUGCUGCAGAUUCCAGUGGAUGAACAAAAAGUGCGCUGCACCGAGCUUCCAGACACCGGCACCUGCAGGGACAGUUUGACCAAGUGGUACUACGACCCCCUCCAGGAGCACUGCCUCCCCUUCAACUACGGUGGCUGCCAAGGAAAUAACAACCGAUUUGACACCGAGGAAGUCUGCGCUCGAAUGUGCCGUGGGGUAACAGGAAACGACGUAUUUGCCAAACAAAAGACCACCCCAAACGGUCUGACUACUGGAAAUACAGGUGUCGUAGCUAUAGCCGCCAUCCUGGGUGUAGCCAUCUUCGUCCUGCUCUGCAUCGUGGUGUACUGCCUCAUGAAGAGUAAGAAGAAGACCUCGCAGCGGCGCCACGACCCCGUCAACACCGUCCCGGUCACGUUGGAGGACAGGGAGCGCCUGGUCUACAACAGCACCACCAAGCCCAUCUGAGCUCGUCUCCGCCUCCAGUUGCUGGAGACUUAGUCUCCUCCUCGUCGUCGUCUUCUUACGCUGAGCAAACCAGGUCCUCGCGUUUUUUUUUUUUUUAUUGUGUCCAUGUACGGAUGUACGUACAUAGAAGCCUCAACGUCUUCAGAGAUGAAAAUGUGAUGUGUUCAUAUUUUAACUUUUAUGUAGUGUUGAAUUGUCAGUUUGUACUUUGGUUAACAGUGAAGGACGGCCGUUAAUCGGCUUCGCCACUGGAGAUCGUUGAAUCAGGUUGAAUUCCUAAAUAUUUUCUGCGUAAUAUUUGUUUCCUUUAACCAAUCCGAUGUUCUUAGUGAAGAGCUCUUUUUUUUAAAAUAAAGUCAUUUCAAAAGUUAGAUCUUGAAUUGUCAUGGUCUGCCUGGGUCCGUUACUAGAAGUAAGCGUCUAGGUUCCUGUGGGCCCCGUGAGCGCUUUGGGAAUGUUGUUUUAGGUUUAAUGGAAAUCCCUUUUACCAGCUUUUUCACUUUGACAAAUCUAUUUUUAUUCUGUUUAUAAAACCAUGUUACAUGAAAUUACAUGAAAUGCAAAAGGUUGUACAUAAUCAUAGGAUUUUUAGGAAGUAAUAUUUUACUUGACGAAGGUAUUUUGUUGAUUAUUCAGACAUGUUUCUAAACGAGUACAAUGCCUACAUUAAACAAAGCUAUUAAUGCCUUUUAAAAGACGCCUCAAUGCUUGUUUGUACAAAUGAAAUAAUGUAGGUGUCUGUAACUUUAGCAGUAUCGGAUUGUUUCGUCUAAAUAAAUAUAUCAAAUCAAAA